CCAUGUUUUAAAGUCAUGUUGAAGUUCAAAUACAUGAAUCAAGGAAGCAUAAAGAAUGUGGCUUCCUCACCAGAGCCCGUCACCAGCCGCAGCUCCAGACUGCACCAGUUACUCCAGGGCCGGGUCACCUUGUGUGGGCACAAGGGAGGAUGCUUUUUGGGUCGGGAAGAGUUGCUGGAUGCUUUGCUGUGUCUUUACGAGCAGUGCACUACCCCACACCUCAUGGAGCUGCAUCAUGUAGCCAAGUUUGUAAACAAGUUUUCUGAAGUAAUCUCUGAGUUGCGGGCUCUGCAGCCUGGACUGCAUGACUUUGAGCUGCGUGCAGUGGUGGGUCAUGGUCGCUUUGCUGAGGUCCAAGUCAUGAAAGAGAAAUCUACUGGAGAUGUCUAUGCUGUGAAAGUCAUGGACAAGACAGUUUUACGCAAUCACAAAAAUGUGGUUUUUCAUGAAGAGGAGCGGAGGAUCCUGGCUUUGAACAGCAGGUCUUGGAUCCCACAGCUUUUUUAUGCUUUCCAGGAUAAAAAUCACGUAUAUCUUGCAAUGGAGUACCUGCCAGGUGGUGACCUGAUGUCUCUUCUUAUCCGAUAUGAGGAUCAAUUUGAGGAGGCCAUGGCUCAGUUCUAUCUGGCUGAGCUGGUCGAGGCUAUUCAUGCUGUCCACCAACUGGGCUAUGUCCACAGGGAUGUCAAACCAGAGAAUGUUCUCAUCGAUCGGACUGGUCACAUUAAGCUGGCAGACUUUGGAUCAGCUGCCAGACUGAGUGCUAAUAAAACAGUGGGAGCUCCCACAGUGCCUGUUGGGACCCAGGACUUCCUCGCCCCUGAGGUUCUGGCAGCCAUGAAUGGAGGAUCUCAAGCUUACGGGGUUGAAUGUGAUUGGUGGUCUCUCGGGGUCAUAGCCUAUGAGAUGAUUUAUGGCAAAUCACCUUUUUCUGAUGGUACUUCAACCAGAACUAUUCACAACAUCUUCAACUUCCAGAGGUUUCUAAAGUUUCCAGAGGAGCCAUGUGCCAGUAAACAAUUUGUUGACUUGGUGCAAAGCUUGCUGUGUGGAGUCAAAGAGCGACUGUGUUUCCAGGGACUACGCUGUCACUCAUUUUUCUCCAGUGUAGACUGGAACAACCUACGGCAAGUUCUGCCGCCUUUCGUUCCUGUGUUGCACACAGAAGAUGACACCUCUAAUUUUGAGGAGCCGGAGCAGGCAGCCCUCUGGCCAGCCCCAGCAGCCCAGCGAGGAGGUCUGCCAGCGGGCUUCCAGGGCCAGGAUCUGCCUUUUGUAGGCUGGUUCUUCAGCCGAGCAUUGACAGCACUAGCCAGAACUGAGUCUGUGUCUGCAGGUCUCAACUCUCCUGCCAAGACCAGUUCCAUGGAAAAGAAACUCCACCUUAAAAGCAAAGAACUACAAGAAACUCAAGAUAAAUGUCACAAGAUGGAGCAAGAGAUUUCCAGAUUCCAGCGUAAGAUGACUGACCUGGAGUCAGUACUCCACCAGAAAGAUGUGGAGCUGAAGGCCUCUGAGACUCAGAGGAGCAUCCUAGAGCAAGACCUUGCCACCUACAUUACUGAAUGCAGCAGCCUCAAGCGAAGCCUGGAAGAGGCACGAGUGGAGGUCUCCAGAGAGGAUGAUAAGGCCAUGCAGCUGCUGCAUGACAUCCGUGAACAGAGCAACAAGCUGCAGGAAAUUAAAGAGCAGGAGUACCAUGCCCAGCUGGAGGAGAUGCAAGUGACCAUCAGGCAACUGGAGGAGGACCUGUCAGCUGCCAGGCGCCGCAGCGACCUUUACGAGGCUGAACUUAGAGACUCCAGACAAACAAGCGAGGAACUGAAAAGAAAAGCUGUUGAAUACCAGCAGAGAAUCCAGAAGGCCAAAGAGCAGGGCAAAGCUGAGGUGGAGGAACUUCUCUCCAAACUUGAGAAGACCAAUUCCGAGCAGCAGGUGAAAAUCCAAGAGCUCCAGGACAAACUGUGCAAGGCAGUGAAGGCAAGCACAGAAGCCACCGAGCUGCUACAGAAUGUUCGGCAGGCUAAAGAACGACUGGAACGAGACCUUGAGCGCCUCAGAGGAAAAACCGAUUCUAGUGACACUCUGAAACGCCGCCUGAGAGAGACAGAGGAGGGCAGGAAGACUCUGGAGAACCAGGUUAAGAGGCUGGAGAUUGUCGAACGGCGGGAGAAUAAGCUGAAAGAUGACAUUCAGACCAAAUCCCAGCAGAUCCAACAGAUGGCUGAAAAGAUCCUGGAACUGGAAGAGAACCUGAGGGAUGCCCAGUCAACUGCUCAGCGAAUGGAAACACAGCUCGUUCAAAAAGAAAGGCUUUAUGAAGACAAGAUCAAGGUUCUAGAGGCCCAGAUGAAGGUAGAUCUUGCUGACAAAGAAAGUCUAGAAGCCAGGAGGGCCCAGCAGGAAGAGGAAUCGAGGGAGAACUGCAAAGUUAUCAGUGAACAGAAAGCGACAAUUAAUGCCAUGGACUCCAAGAUGAAAAACUUGGAGCAGCGCAUUGCUGAGCUAUCAGAGGCUAACAAGCUUGCUGCCAACAGUAGCAUAUACACCCAGAAGAAUAUGAAAGCCCAGGAAGAGAUGAUCUCAGAGCUUCGACAGCAAAAGUUCUACCUGGAAUCUCAGGCUGGAAAACUUGAAGCCCAGAAUGCGAAACUGGAGGAACACCUGGAAAAGAUGAGUCAGCAGGAGCAGACCAAGAGAAGUCGGCUGCUGGAGCUGGAGAGCAGACUCCGGGAGAUGGGUCUAGAACAUGAAGAGGAGAAGCUGGAGAUCAAGAGACAAGUGUCAGAGUUGACACUCUCUCUGCAGGAGCGAGAGUCUCAGCUUAGCAGCCUGCAGGCUGCACGUCUUGCCCUAGAGAGCCAGCUGCAGCAAGCUAAGACUGAGCUGGAGGAGACCACUGCUGAAGCUGAGGAGGAGAUCACUGCCCUCAGGAAUCACAGAGAUGAAAUUCAGCGCAAGUUUGAUGCCCUGAGAGAUAGCUGUUCGGUCAUCACCGACCUUGAGGAGCAACUUACACAACUGAGUCAGGAGAAUGCAGAGUUGAACCGCCAGAACUUCUACUUGUCCAAACAGCUUGAUGAAGCAUCAGAUGAAAGAGAGGACCAACUGCAGCUCAGCCAGGAAGUGGACCGUCUGAGGAGAGAAGUGGCUGACCGCGAGAUGCACCUUAACAACCAGAAACAGAACAUUGAGACAUUGAAGACCACAUGCAGCAUGCUGGAGGAGCAGGUGGUGGAACUGGAGUCCCUGAAUGAUGAAUUGUUGGAGAAGGAGAGGCAGUGGGAGGCUUGGAGAGCAGCCCUGGAGGAUGAGAAAAGUCAAGCCGAGAGACGUACUCGGGACCUGCAGAGACUCUUAGACAAUGAGAAGCAGAACAGGUUGCGCGCAGACCAGCGCAGUUCUGAGUCUCGGCAAGCAGUGGAACUGGCAGUCAAAGAGCACAAAGCUGAGAUAUUGGCCUUGCAGCAGGCACUGAAGGAGCAGAGACUGAAGGCUGAAAGUCUGUCUGAUACACUCAAUGAUCUGGAAAAAAAGCAUGCCAUGCUGGAGAUGAAUGCACGCAGCUUACAGCAGAAACUGGAGACAGAGCGAGAGCUGAAACAGAGGCUGAUGGAAGAGCAGGGAAAACUGCAGCAGCAGAUGGAUCUUCAGAAGAGCCACAUCUUUCGUCUGACCCAAGGUCUACAGGAUGCCUUGGACCAAACUGACAUGCUCAAGACUGAGAGAACCGAUCUGGAAUACCAGCUAGAAAAUAUACAGGCAGUAUACUCCCAUGAGAAGGUAAAGAUGGAAGGCACCAUUUCUCAGCAGACCAAACUGAUUGACUUCCUCCAGGCCAAAAUGGAUCAGCCCACCAAGAAAAAGAAGGGUAUAUUUGGGCGCCGUCGGGAGGAUGUAGGUACCACAACUAAUGGGGCACUGGCUCCUCAACCCCAGCCAGCCGUCCCCAUGCAGUAUAGUGACAUGAAGCUAGCUUUAGACAAGGAACGAUCUCGGUGUGCUGAGCUGGAAGAGGCACUGCAGAAAAUGAGGAUAGAGCUGCGGUCCCUCAGAGAAGAGGCUGCUCAUUUCAAAGCCCAAGAUCAUGUGGCCCCAUCCACCCCUGCCCAGGCUCGCCAUCAGAUCCUCAUGUCAGCCAUUGUCAAAUCCCCAGAGCAUCAACCCAAUCCAAGCAGUCUACUCAACCCAUCUACCCGCUGCAAAGAGACAUCCACACCUGAAGAGUUUGGACGUCGUGUGAAGGAGAGAAUGCACCAUAACAUCCCACAUCGUUUUACUGUGGGCCUCAACAUGAGGGCUGCCAAGUGUGCUGUCUGUCUGGACACUGUGCAUUUUGGACGGCAGGCAGCUACUUGUCUAGAGUGCCACACCCUGUGUCACCCCAAAUGCUCCCCAUGUCUUCCGGCUACAUGCGGUCUGCCAGCAGAGUACGCCACUCACUUUUCAGAGGCUCUGUGCCGGGAAAAGGCGAACUCUCCUGCACUGCAGGUCAAAGAAGCCAGUGGCCAUGUUCGCUUGGAGGGAUGGAUGAAGCAGCCGAGAAAUGGAAAACGUGGCCAACAGGGCUGGGAGAGGAAGUACGUUGUGUUAGAUGGCACCAGAGUAUCCAUCUAUGACACUGAACCCAGUGAAGACUCUGUAAAAGCAGAAGAUGAGUUUGAGCUCUGUCUGCCUGAUGGAGAUGUGACCGUUCAUGGAGCUAUUGGUGCCUCAGAGCUCAUCAACACUGCCAAGUCAGACAUCCCUUAUGUGUUGAAGCUGGAGUCACAUCCCCACACGUCCUGCUGGCCAGGCCAGUCUCUCUACUUCAUGGCUCCUAGCUUCCCUGACAAGCAGCGCUGGGUGGCUGUGCUGGAGUCUGUAGUGGCUGGCAGCCGUGGCUCUAAAGACAAAGUGGAUUCUGAUGCCAAACUUCUGGGAAACUCUCUGCUGAAGUUGGAGGGUGAUGAUCGCCUGGACAUCAACUGCACUCUGCCGCUCACUGACCAGAUCGUAUUGGUUGGCUCUGAGGAGGGUUUAUACGCUCUAAACGUCAUAAAGAAUUCUUUGACGCACAUCCCUGGCUUGACCUCCGUCUUCCAGAUUCAAAUUCUGAAGGAGCUUGAUAAACUGUUGAUGAUUACUGGAGAGGACAGGUCCCUGUGUUUGGUGGAGAUCAAGAAGGUAAAACAGUCUCUGUCGCAGUCCCACCUGCCAGCUCAGCCUGAUCUCAACCCUUUUAUCUUUGAGACAGUCAAAGGCUGUCACCUCUUCUCCUCUGGAAUGAUUGAUAACGGGAUGUGUAUCUGUGCCGCCAUGCCCAAUAAGAUUACAAUUCUCCGACAUAAUGAAAGUCUGAACAAAUUCUGCAUAAGAAAGGAGAUUGAGACCUCUGAACCCUGCAGUUGUAUCCACUUCACUGGUUACAGUAUCAUUAUCGGCACCAACAAGUUCUAUGAGAUUGAGAUGAAGCAGUAUGUGCUGGAAGAGUUCCUGGAUAAAAACGAUGUGACGCUCGCGUCGGCUGUCUUUGCUGCAUCCUCCCACAGUUUUCCCAUCUCCAUCAUCCAGGUCACCAAAGCUCCACAGAAGGAUGAGUACCUGCUCUGUUUCCAUGAGUUUGGUGUAUUUGUGGAUGCAUAUGGCCGCAGGAGCAGAAGUGAUGAUAUCAAAUGGAGCCGUCUGCCACUGUCAUUUGCAUAUAGAGAGCCCUACCUGUUUGUUACCUACUUUAACUCUCUGGACGUUAUUGAGAUUCAGGGACAUGCUGCUCUUGGGCCCCACUCAUAUGCACAUCUGGAUAUCCCAAAUCCACGCUACCUGGGCCCAGCUAUCUCCUCGGGGGCCAUCUACCUGGCUUCGUCUUACCAAAACAAACUGCGAGUCAUCUGCUGUAAGGGCAACCUGGUCCAGAGCCAAGAGGCUGGCGUAGACCUGCAGCGUAACGGCUCCGGGCGGAGCCCCAACAAGCGUGGCCCUCCUUCCUACAAUGAGCACAUCUCUAAAAGGCUGGCAGCCAAUCCCCUGGCCCAUGGAGAUCCUGGCACACCUCAUCGAUACAGAGAAGCCCGCACAGAAUUUCGCCGUGACAAGUCCCCCAGUCGUCCAAUGGAGAGAGAGAAAUCUCCUGGCAGGAUGCUGGAAAGCCGUAUAGCAGCGUCUCCUGGUAGAGCCAUGGCAGAUCCCCGUUUAGAACGCUCCCCGGGCAGGGCCAUGGCAGACCCUCGAAUGGACCGCUCCCCUGGCCGGCUGAUGGACACACGAAGGGAAAGGUCUCCUGGAUGUUUUGAGGAGCGCCAAAGGCUUCAUACUGGAUCUGGACGCACACCCAUAAACCCUGUAAACAAGGUUUGGGACCAGUCAUCAGUUUGAAAAACAGCAGGACUGCAUGACAGAUGUGGACAGAAAAGUCUUUGGACAGAGAAGGGAAACUAAGAAUGUCACCAACACUGCCAUACAUCAAUUUUGCCUAACAAACCCACAGAAGAAACGCCUGUCGCUGUCAGAACACAACAAAUACAAAGUGAAACACAGAUGUCAUUCUCCUCAAGCUAUUUUUUUCCUCUCAGUGAACUGAUACAAGCCAAUAAAGGUCAACAAAUGCCAUAUGAACAACUUUCUGAGCAGGGAGAUUUGUGACGCAUUUCAGCAUGUGCUCUGUAUUUUUGUACAGAACACGUACUGCACAGUAAUGGCUCAGCAAUUUGAUUUAUUUGUCUCCUUUUUUCCUUCUUUUUUUUUUUUUUUUUUUUUAGAAACUCUAAGCUCUAAGACUUCGAUUGUGGUUUUUGGAAGAUUCACCUAAAUAGCAGUGACUAAGCACAGCCUUUGUUUUUCAAGUCAUUGCCUAAAUAUCCACAUUUAGACUCUUGGCAGACUCUCAACAGCUAUUGUAUUCUCCUUUUUCUGUCCUUGCUCAGUCUGCUGCCCACACUCACUAGAAAUCAGGGCCACAGAGCCGCUGGAUGUUGAAAUAGAUUUCUGGCUCCACCAUGUGCUGACCCAUCAACACACACUCAUUAUCGGCUAUUUACAAUCAUCCUCUACUAAUCUCAGCCUCCCAGAAGGACUGUGGUUAGUUAUGGUGACAGGAUGUGGCUGGAGCACAAACAAAUAAAACAAAAUAUCAAUUUAAAAAAGAAAAAAAGACCAACCUUCCCUGUAGAUUAACGUCUGUUAAUGUUUGGAUAGGCUGACACUGCACUAAUCACAAUAGCCCAAAACAGUGGAGCCGGACCUUUCUAACACUUCAGCACACUAUCUGACUGUAAAUAGUCGAGACAUAAUUUUAUACAUACAUAUAUAUAUAAAUAUAUAAAUAUAAAGAAGGAAUUUCAAGGCUGGAUAAGCCGUGUCUAUUUUUGUUAAAAAAAAAAAAAAAAAGUGAUUAUGUGUCCUCUUGAAUGUCCAAUGAGUAUUCUUUUAAUAAGUCCAAA